AGGUGGACUCUGAAAGAUCUUAUGGGCUUUGCACUUCCUGUGGAGACAGUGAGAAGAACAAAGGCUGUGAAGGUGUCUUUUCUUUUCCUUGUCCCUCUAACGGCUAAAUUGUAGCCUCGAGUCUCCCCCACCCCACCUUGUAACCUUGGGGGGAGCAAAAUGAAGUGGAAAGGAAUACUGAUCGCUGCCAUCCUGCAGGCACGGCUCCCAAUUACAGAUGCUGAUGCACUAGGACUGGCAGAUCCAAGACUAUGUUACAUUUUGGACGGGAUCCUCCUAAUUUAUGCUAUUGUCAUCACAGCCUGUUUUGUAAAAACAAAGUUAAGCAAAGGCCACUCUGAACGCACAUCUCAAAACACAGAUACCAUAUAUAAUAAAUUGUCUUCUGGACGCAGAGAUGAAUAUGAUUCGCUGGGCGGUAAAAAGACAAACAAUGACAUUGAAAUGGGAGGGAAAAACCAGCACAGAAGAAAUAAACCUCAGGACAGAGUUUACAGUUCUCUACAGAGGGAUAAGAUGGGUGAAGCAUACAGUGAAAUUGGGAAGAAAGGAGAGAGGCGUCGUGGCAAAGGCAAUGAUGCAGUUUAUCAGGGUCUCAGCGCUGCCACAAAGGACACCUAUGAUGUCCUUCAAAUGCAACCAAUGCAGACUCCUUAUUAGCUGCAGUUGAUAAAAGACAAGAGGAACUAUUUCUAGUCAGAAUCCUGAUCGCCACUCAAGAUGACGGUUUCAUCUGUGCUGGAAGCACAAAAAUGAGAGCUCCUUUUCCUAACCAACUUUCAACUUUCAGAUUGUAAAAAUGUACAUAUCAACCCAUUGUAUAUGCAUACUCCAGCUCAGUUUUAAGAGCAGAAGCUAUAAUUGCUGCUUCCCUUAUGUGGGAAGAGUUAUUUGAAGCUAAAUAGGCAUACACAAAACCAAAAAUAUAAUUCUUUAUGCAACAGGUGCUUAAUUCUUUACCAUCGGGAAUUUGGAGACUGUUUGUUUGGUUUUUUUGCUGUAGAUUUGGUAUCGUCUUGUACAAUGUUUUUAUUUGUAAGAAGUAGCAAUGGAUUUGGGGCUGGGCGUAUUACAACAAGGCCUGGCUAUUGCCCUUCACCAGAUUCUACAGAGAAGCCAGAAAUAAAUGCCUCCACAGGGUGCCCUCCAGAUAUUUUGGCCCACAGGUUGCACUGGAAACAGAGUUCAUUAAUCAGCUUAAAAUCCUGAUUAAGACAGAAUCUUGAGUAGCAUUGAACAAACUAAAUUUUCAGGGCAAAUGUGGUGAUUAAGAAGUAUUUCAUGCCAACCACAUAAUCCUAUUCAUAUUUAUACAGAAUUAAGUUUCCAUGUAUGCUAGUAAAUGUAUUUGGGAUUGUAGUGUGAGAGACUAGAAAGGCUAUGCCAUCAAAACCAAUCAAUGGCAACCUUGUUAUGCUUAAUUCAGAGUACUAUUGUGAGAAAUACAUUCUAUAAAUAAAUUCUUUUGGGGGUAAUCUAUUGCCUUUUCAUAUGAACUGCUAUAUCUUCAAUGCAGAGUAUGUAUCCAUUCUGCUGCCUGUGUGUGUCUGGCAAAUUGGUCCAAAAAUAAUUCUGACGCUCAUGUUGCACCAUCAACAAAGACAGACGCGCCUACAUUGUAGAAGGAAUUCAGUUUGACACCAUUUUCACCAACAUGGCUCAGUGCUAUGGAUUCAUGGAUUUUCUAAGGGCCUUAGCCUUUCAAGGGCUUUAGCCUUCUCUGCCAAAGACUGGAGGUGCCUCACCCAACUACAGAUCCCAGGAUUCCAUAAGUUGUGUCAAACUGAAUUAAUUCUACAGUGUAGAUGCACCCAGAGAGGUGAGCUCGUUACUAUAGAAAGCAAAAACUAACCUUAAAACUCCUUUGUGAAGAACUCUCUUGAUCAUAAUGGUGUUUCCUGUUUCUGCUUGUUGUUGGAUUGGCAUCUUGCAGGGCGAGAUUGGUGCUGUAUAUGUACUAAACCAGCUAUGGCUGGAACUAGUAAUAGAGAAAGAAGCUGUUUUUUUCUGUCUUCAUGCUUACAUUCAGUCUUUCAAAAGUACACUUCUAAACCUGGAGUGACUAAGAUUUUAGUUAAAAAUGUAUUUUGUUUUAAUUGAAAUAAUUGAAACUUCAAUAUUCUGUGUAUUUUAAAUAAAAGUUAUACAGUAAUU